AUGAUCGUCUUCGCCCAUUUGUUACUGUUCUAUUGUGACUCGGUUUUGAUUUCAGUUCUAAGCGGAUCCCAUGUGGACGAAGGAAGACCUGACUGGUCCGAGGAGGACCCCGCUGGAGCCUUGGACCCUGAUAAGGUGCCGGGCUUAUGGGUCAAAACCAGUAAGAUGAUCCAGAGCAUGGGAGUUUCAGCCCUUAUGAGCUCAUCCGCAAUCUGGACCCCUCAUUAUCGUACAGAUUAUGAUUGGACAUCAUGCAGCAGCAGAUUCAGGGAGGAAGUGCAAUCCAUAAGCGUGCAUGGAGAAGAACAGAAGGACUUUUCCCCGGGAUAUCUUCCUGCUCAAGUUCAACUGUCAGACCUUAUUUGCAGUGCGUAUCAACUAGUCAUUUCAGACCUGACAUAUGCCAAGGAUGCGCCAACAUCGAUCUCAAGAGGCACCCCCUCAAAAGAUAUGGACGGCGCACCUUGGUGGAGAGAACGUCAAGUGUCACUAUACGGGCCAGACCACGAAGUUAUCGGAGGAUUCCAGAUCGAGAACAAUUUCCUGGGCGUCGAAAAUGUACAUGACAGCAAGAGAAUAUUCAUGUACUAUCCCAUCCCGGAUGUUUACCUGUGCGGCCACCAUGUUAUAGCACCAACUGUCCGAAUUCUGGAACCCAAGAAAGCAGAUCUGGGGAUUUUCCAGAGCGGGGUAACGACAUGCUUUGAUGUGCACGGGAAAUCAUGUAGCGUCACGGAGUCCGAUGAAGUGCCUGGACUUCGAUUGCUCAACGAGAAACAAGAGCAAAUAAAGCGUAUGGCUCAGAUCUGUGGCAAUGCCGAGCUCACGAUGAUCGCAGCCCCGGGGAACUCGCAAGAGCAGGGAUUGCCUGGUAUAUCAGCACCAAGAAAGUCUCAACCACACGCGAAAAUUGGAGAUUAUACAUUGGUUUCAACUCUUACCACGCCGCAGGUGCUCGUUCACGCCUCGCGAUGGAGCAGCCGGGCUUGGACCUACCAGGAGGCUCUUUGCUCACAACGUCGUCUCAUUUUUACCGAUGAGCCAGUGUUCUGGGAAAGUGAACAGACGAGCUGUCGAGAAAUCGUGGACUACGAAUGGCCCCUGCAUGAGUGCAUAAGUACAACAUCUUCAACUCUUACACUGUUCACGGCCUCGCAGCAAAGACAAUCAGUCUUUCAGGAAGGAGCUGCGCCUAUAUUUCACAUUUGGGGCUUGUUCAUGACCACCGAAAACAAAUUCCUCGCGUCGAUGAAGUGGGCUUUGAAAACACCCGGUAGGCGACGACGGGGGUUUCCAACCUGGUCAUGGACCGCCACGGGGAAGGACCCGCACGCGAUUGUUCCCGUUCUCUUGACAGAGGAAGUCGAUAAAAAGACACGAAACUCGUGGCGACAGGUGCCCAGAGAUUUGCUAGGCGUUAUUCUUGCAGAUCAUCUCAACUUGGAUGGGGGGCAGCCCUUGUUCGUCUUAGUACUUACAAAUGUCGAUAGCCACUUCGAACGGAUUGGUCACGUGAAGCUGGACAAUAGGCCGGGGCGUCACACUGAUGUCAACGGCGAGGUCCUGGAUUCACACUAUGAAUUGUGUCGACGUGAAGUGGCAAUAUGGAUGCGGAAGGUGACAUUCCGCCACAUUACUCCAGCAUGA